CUAACACUAUAAGGGGGGCGAUGGCAGAUAUCAUUGGCUGCCAAGCCGCAAUCUUCGAGUGGGCCGAGAGUUUCGACUCCAAAGAUUGGGAUCGCCUUUCGAAAGCCAUUGCUCCGACCCUCUACGUUGAUUACCGGGCAGUCAUGGGCCAACUGUGGGAGUCGAUGCCGGCCGAGCAGUUCGUGGGCAUGGCGUCGAACGAGAAGUUCCUCGGCAACCGGCGCAUCAAGACUCAGCACUUCAUCGGCGCGGGGAAGUGGGUGCGCACCGGCGAGGGCCAGAUAACGGGCUACCACCAGAUGCGCGUGGCUCACCAGAAGUACGAGGACGACGAGUUGACCAAGGUGCGCUAUGCGGGACACGCCCACGGCAAGGCGACGGUGCAGUACCGCAAGGUCGAUGGCGUCUGGAAGUUUGCCGGUCUCACGCCGGACAUCCGGUGGACAGAGCACGACUAUGACAAGAUAUUCCAGGACGACUAAUUAAUUCGAACAACCAAGCAUACCUCUCGAUAAUUUGAUAGAGAAUGAAGCGCGAUAUAUCUUGGACCCAA